GAAUGCACCUCGGGUGUCGUCGGUUUUUACUCCCACCCUAGAUGUUUUAUAUGCUAAAUGUUCUCCUACUUUUCUGUGCGCAUGCGCAGUUCAUAAAUGUUUGGUAGUGGGGGCAAUUUCCAAAGUUUAUUCUCUUACUGGGACUACAAUACAUACGUAUUACGUAUACUGCAGUAAACCGUAGACUGUAGUGACUGUAGCAGACUGUAGUACAAUCUUUAAUAAUUUCAUUAUUGUAUACUGUGUUUGUGUGUUGAAUUUUGUGCUUAUAACUGCUUAUGACUCCUAACCUCUUUAUGUUGUUACACGUUACUGUAUAAUUUAAUUUAUAAUAAAUAUAAUAUAUUUAUCGACAUAUAUUAUUAUUAUUAUUAUUAUUAUUAUUAUACAUAUGGAGAUAUAAUUUCAAAAAUCUUAUUAUAAAAAUUAUAAAGAUUCGUAAAAUAAUAAUAUAUUUUCAUAGGCAGUAACACCGUACAACACAGUGGAAACAUGAAACCAAAAACAAUAUUGAUUCAUACAUAAUAAUAAAAAAGUUGGAAAAAAAAAAUAAUAAUAAUAAUAAUAUUAUGGUAAACAAUCUAAUAAAAAUGAAUCGUCAAGAGGAGUUUAUAUCAAAAAGACAGGUUUUAUGUAGACCUUGUUCUGUAAUAUUAAUAAGAUUAUCAAAUUCUGAGAUCAAUAAAUGGAGAAAGAGAACAACAGUACAACAAUUGGAACGGCACUAUCCUCGUCGUCGUAAAAGACUGAGCUCAUCAGAAACAUCAACGAAUGAUUAUUGUAGGCUAUUGAGACCAAAGAGAAAAUUAAUUUCAAAUAAUUCUACCGGUGCAGUAUUUGAUUCAUCUUUAUUAUCCCAUAUGUUGGAUGAUUCAAGUUCUGAUAAUAAUAAUUAUGAUGAUGAUCAUGAUAAUGCUGAAAAAUUAAAAAUUAACGAUACAUUAUUAAAAAAUGAUAAUAUACCAUACACUGUUAUUACUAAUAACACCAACAACGCCAACAAUACAAAUUCAACUUUUGUCACUAAUAACGUAUCAUCAAUAAAUUAUGAUAAUAUUCAAGCAUGGAAAUAUAAAAGAAAGCAAGAGUCUUAUUCACAGUCAAUAUCUCAUUCAAUUGAUGAUGUAAAUAGAAAAAGAAAAAAAAAUAUACAAGAAAUAGUAAAUAGUCAACUAAAAGUUGAUAAUACUAAAAAUUGUCAUUUAAAUUUAAAAAAACCUUGUAUCAUCAAUGACAAUAGUGAAAAAAAUAAUAUUACAACUUUAAAUAAUUUUUGUCAUUUAAUAAAAGAAGUAAGAAUAAUUUCACCACGAUUAGAAGAAAUAGAUGAUCCACAUGUACGACAAUGGCAAUUAAAAACUGCUGCUAAUACUGCUAAUACUGAUAAUACUGAUACUACUAAUACUACUAAUGAUGCUUUAAUUUCGACUACUACCACUAUUACUACCACUACUACUACCACCACUACUAGUAGUACUUUUGAAAAUAAAUCUCAAUUGCAACUUGCAUCUACAUCUACAUCGAAAAUUAUUGCUUUGAAAAAAACAACAAUUAAACCUCUAAAAAAUUUAUUAUCAAAAAAAACUCAAAAAAUAAAGCGUAAACUUGAACCAAAGUCUACAACUUUAGAAUGUAAUGUUUGUUUAACAGUGUUUGACAGUAAAGUAGAAUUAGCUAAACACAUUUAUACACAUACACCACGUGAGCUCCAAGAACGAUUCGAAGCAGCUCAAAUAAAAAUAGAUCAACAACAACAACAACAACAACAACAAAUCCAAGAAUUAUCGGAUGAACAAAAUAAUAUAAGUAGUAACAAUAAUAAUAACAACAAUAAUAAUAAUAAUAAUAAUAAUAAUAAUAAUAAUAAUAAUAAUAAUAAUAAUAAUAGUGUAGUAAUAAAAUUAACUGGUAAUGAAAUAAAUAAACAAGUUGGUAAUAAUGGGCAAUUACCUUUACUUACUAAAACAACAGCAGUAACAACAUCACAAUUACCACUCUCUGCUAUUGAUAAUAAUAUUAUAUCAUCUGCAUCUGCAUCAUCAUCAUCAUCAUCAUCAUUAUCAACAGCACCAGUACCAAUUACUAUCUGUCCUUGUCACAAUAAUUAUAAAAACAAUGAUUUUAGUGUUCAAAUAGAAAUGGUAUUAUUUUGUGAAAUAUGUCGUACAUUUUAUCGUCGACGUGAUUGUUUUGAAACUCACUAUAGAUCCAGCCCAAAGUGUAAUAAGGACAGUGAUGGACGACGAAGUCAUAGACUAGUUAAAUUAUUUUGCCUAACGUGUUGUAUAGUUAUUGAUGAAUUGUCAAGUACCCAUCAACAUAUCCAAGAACAUGCCAAUAUUAAUAGCAAUACAUCUAUUACUGUUGUUUGUAAUAUCUGCAAAGUUGUAUUUUCCAGUGUAGGAACAAUAUUUUCCAAUCAUUGGUAUAAUCAUGUACGAGAUCCAAUGUUUACUGCUAGUUUAUAUUCAUUUCAAAAAUUAUAUAUACAAAAGCAAGGACAGUUACCUAUUGAUGCAACACCAAAUGAUAAAUAUAUUUUUAUAGCUGAAUUUGUAUGUCAUAUUUGUAAAACACAAUUCAUUUCCGAAAGUAUUUUAGAUAAUCAUAUUAAAAAUGAAUGUAAUAAACUACCACCAAUAACAACAACAACAACAACAACAACAACAACAACAACAACAACAGCAAUUAUUCCGACAACAACAACAACAACAACAGCAGCAAUUAUUCCGACAACAAUAAUUUCAGUUGUAGACAAAGUAAAUAAUACUAUUAUGUCUACUCCUAUGACUGUUGUAAGUAAUUCAUCAUUAAAUUUAUUUGAAAAAAAUUUAAUACAAUCUUCGCCCAUAUCUUUUUUAAAAUGUCCUACCAGUGAUAGAACAAUAAUACCAAAAAAUAUCGAACAAAGUAUAACAUCUGAUGGACGAUCAAUUAAUAGUAUUAGAAAUAAUAAUCAUAAUUCAUCAAUUGCUGUAUCUUUAGUUAUUGACAAAUCAGGAAAUCUUCGACUUAUUUCUACGCCUACAAAUACUUCAAUAAUAAAAAUUACUGGUAAUAAUGAUACAAUUGUGAAUAAUUUACAGACUAUAUCAACUAAUAAUAACAUUUCAAAAGGGCCAUAUACUUCUAAUGAUAAAAUUAAAUUAAUAGCUGAUAAUAAACCAUCACAAACUAAAUCAUCAGCAGAAUUAAUUGAUAUUACGGAUAAUGACGAUGAUAAAAAUGAAAAAAAAAUAAAUAAUAGCAGCACAAUAUCCAAUGAAAUUACUAAUGUAAAAAAAUUACGAAAACCAGUUGGAAUAGCUACAAGUGUAGAGGAUAGUAGUAAUGUUGAUGUUACCAAAAAUUCCUUAUCUUAUAAUGAUGUUAAUACUCAAGUUAAAAAUGAUGAAAUUAUUAUAGAAAGCAUAUCAACCGUAACAACAAAAAAAACAACAUCAAAUAAUUUAAAUAAAUAUAAUACUGUUGAAAAUAAUAUCAAUAAUACACAUGAUAUUAUUAUUUUGGAUGAAGAAAAAAAUGAAAAUUCUCUCAAACAACGAGGAUUUUUGCGUGUAAAAAAAUUUUCCGAAUUACAAGCUGUAAAAAAUUUUGCUUGUCAACAUUGUAAAGCAGCAUUUGAUAAUGCAACUUCAUUAAAUGAACAUUUGAUUGGACAUAAAACAACGUUAAAAAAAAAUUUAAAAGGACGUAUUCCAACAAUGAGAGCUGCUUUAGUAUUACCCUCAUCACCACAGCCAUUAGUUAAAUUUCCUUCCGUCCUUCCAAGGAGUUGUUCAGAAUUUAAUAAUAAUUCAACUUGUCCAUCUUCUGAUAAUUUAAUUCAUAGAGGAAAUAUAAAUCCAUCAUUAAAUAUUUCUACUGAAAUUAAUCAACAGUUUAUAUUACAAGAGCAUAAUAAUAUUCCAUUAGCAGCACAUAAUCAACAGUCAUUAUUAACAUGUCCAUUAUGUAUUAUUUAUCAGUGUAAAAAACAAGAGGAUCUUGCUGAACAUGUAUCAAGUGUCCAUUGUAGUAAAAUAAAUAAUAAUUUAAAUUAUACUCGAGAAAUAAACGAUAAUUUAUUAUUAUCAUUAUUAUCAUCAUCUACAUCUACAUCUACAACAAGCAUAUCAUGGAACAAUAUAACUAAUAAACCUGAUCAAUCAAUUGUUACUGGUAUUGGUGUUGAUAACAUUAAUAGCACUAACAUUAGCACUAGCACUAACAAUACUAAUACUAAUACUAAUAUAAUAAAUUCAUUAAAAAGAACCAUCUUACAACCAUCAUUGCCAUCAUCAUCGCCAUCUUCAUCGUCGUCAGAAGUACGAAGUGAAAUAAAAAAAAAAUGUUAUAGCUGUAAAUUUUGCAAGUUUGAUACAUUUGAUAAAAAUGAAAUAAUUCAACAUGUUUUACGGCAUGACGUUACUUCUGAUCAUGCUGCUACUGUUGCUACUACAACAACUCCUGGUUCACUAUCAUAUUCUUCACCUAUUAUUACAAAUGGUACUACCGAUAUUGCCAUCAAUAAUAAUAAUAAUAAUCACAAUAAUAUUACUAAUAUUAAUGAUAAUAAUUUUAUUGAUAAUAGGCUUUACAGUUAUAACUCACAAUUGGUAACUACGACAUCAGCAAAACCACCAACAACAACCACAACAAUAACAACAACAACAAUAAAUUCCCAUAUAUGUCCUAUUUGUAUGAGCUUCCAAUCAACUUCAUUUGAUCAAUUGAAUCAACAUAUUAAACUAAUUCACUAUGCUUGCUUAUUAUCUGAUAAUGAAACAUUUCUUUGUUUAGAGUGUCCAUUUUUCCAGGGUUUUCAUGGCCCAGAAGUGUUAAAAAAACACAAAGAUAUUUAUCAUAUUCAUAUUUGUCCAUUUUGUCAAAAACAAUUUCAAUUGUACAAUGAUUUUAUAAAACACCCCUGUACGCAAAAUAGUGUAUCAAAAUAAACUUAACAAUAAUAAUAAUGAUAAUAAUAAUAAUAAUAAUAAUUAUUAUUAUUAUUAUUAUUAUUAUUACGAUAAUGUCAAGAUCAAAUAUUUUAAAAAAAAAACAUCUAAUUACCUCAAUAUACGUUGUGCAUAGGCAGUGUAUGUAUUAGUACUUUUUAUAGGUAUAUUCUAUAAUUAACUUUUUCAAAAAAAUAAAUAAAAUAACGUUAACGAAUCUAUCGUUCUC